AUGACUGAAUCUACAUCUACUCAACAACAGAAAUCAUCAUCAUCAUGGUUUGGUAAUUUUGAUUUAUCAAAUCAAUUGUCUAACAUAAGCUCAUCGAUUCUUCAAGCAACAACAAAAGCAGGCACAGUUGCAAAUACAAUUGUACAAAAUUCAAUGAAACAACGACCAUUUACAUCGAAAGAGAAUGAACAAGAAACUUCCGAAACAAAUAAAGAUUUAACAAGCAUUUUUACUGAUCUUAGUUCGACUGUAUUAAAAAGUGCUCAACAAUUAAAACAGGCUGUUGAACAAAAAUCUUUAUUUGGAAAUUUUACUAAGGAACAAGAUAAAUUCUUAAUAGAAAAACGUAUACAACAACGUCGUGAAGAAACAGCUGUUCCUCCAUGGGUUGGUUAUACAGAAGAAGAAGAUAUGAAAAAACAAAUUCUAGCUCUGUCACAAGAAAAACGUAAUUUUCUUCGUGAUCCACCACCAGGCGCCAAUUAUCAUUUUGAUAUGACUGUUAUAUAUCCAAUUGCAUUAGCAACUCUUGAUGUUGAUGAAAAUUUAAAACAAAUGCGUUUUGAUCUUGUACCAAAGCAAAUUAAUGAAGAAUCAUUUUGGCGUAAUUAUUUUUAUCGUGUAAGUUUGGUAAAAAAUUCAGCACAAUUAACGGCAUUAGCAAAUGAAAAAACAAAUAAUGAAACACAUCUUUCAUCAAAUAAUGGAGAACGUCGAACAUCUGAAUUACAGGAGAAAAUGUCGGACGUUAAUCAAGAUUUUUUAAGUGAAGAUUAUGAUACAUCAGAUAUAAAUAUGGAUGAGAUUCGACGUGAAAUUGAACAAUUAUGUAUACCAAAAACAAAAUCAGGUAGUCCAGAUUUAGAUGAAAGUGAAUGGGAUAAAGAAUUAGCUGAUGAAUUAGAGAAUGUUUCUGCUGAAGAACUUGAAGCUCAAAUAAAUGAAAUGUUAGCUGUAUCAACACGUGUCAACAACCGUGAAACAUCGAAGAUGGGAGCAUGUUCAAGUGAAUUAAAUGAUAAUAAGGAAACAACAGAUAAUACAAAACGUCAACGAACUCAAAAAACAAAAAAUGUUCAAGACACUCAUAUUGAAUACGAUUCAUUAGAAGGAUAUGGAUAUCAUUUUAAAAAUGGGAAACUGGUUUCGAUUGCAAAUGGUGAACCAUUUAAAUUUAACGUAUAUACAGAUGCGGAAGAGAAUCAAAAACGAUAUGAAUCAAUUGGUAGAUCAGUUGAUAAUGCUAUAUUUGAUCUACUUGAAAGUACUUGUCAAUUACAACGUGUUUCAGUACCAAUCGAUGCCAAACGAGAUGAACAAAAAAGUUUUAUCUUUAUAAGCAAUGAUUUAUCGACAGCUGAUUAUCUUAUGGUAAUUAUUCAUGGUACAGGAGUUGUACGAGCUGGUCAAUGGUCUCGAAAAUUAAUAAUCAAUGAAGGUUUAGAAAUUGGUUCUCAAAUUGAAUAUAUUCGACGAGCUCGUACCGCUGGCUAUGCGGGUAGUAGUACUGCUGAAGAACAUGGAUGUUAUGUUUGGGAUAAUUUUGUUCGUAAAAGUCAUGCUAAACAUGUUUGUAUUAUGGCACAUUCAUAUGGUGGUGCUGUAGUACUUGAAAUGGCUUCUAAAUUUCUAAAAGAAUUCAAUGAACGUGUUUUUGCUAUAGCAUUAACAGAUUCACCUAUGACAGUUUAUGGACGACGAGUUAAUAAAAAAGUUUUACAAAUGCUUAAAAAAAAAACGAUUAAUUGGAUUACUGAUACCGAAAAAGUGGAUACUGAUUUAGGAGAUAGUGAUUGUUGUCAAUUACGAUCAGCAGGCAUUUUGGUCGACUUUGCUUCUUCGAAUCAAUGUGGAUUAGCACCAGGUUUUCAAUCGCUUUACAGUAUAUUACAAGCAACAAAAACAAAAAUGGGUGGUCGAACAUUACGAGCAAAUUUAAUGGAACCAUUAAUUGAGAUUAUAGAUUUGAAUUCAAUUCAUUAUCGACAAGAUGCUGUUGAAAAUUUAAUUGAUGAUGAAAAAUUAAUGUUCCAAAUACAAACAAUACUUUUACAUUUUACUGAUGUUGAACGUAUUAUUCUUGCGUGUAUACAAGAAAAUCCAGGUCGUACAGUAUCAGCUGCUGAAAAACGUAUUACAAUGAUAAAUCAACUUCGACGUAUUCUUGAUAUAUUGCCUACACUUCAACAAGCACUUGAACAAUCAACAUGUGAUCUUUUAAAAAAUCUUUGUUCGAUUUUUGGUGAUCAACGAUUUCAAAUUAUACUUGAUUUUCUCAAUUCACAAUUAACAACAGAACAAACUGUUUCAAGUAAUGGAUUUCUUGGUGCAAAAAUUCGACGAAUCUUUGCCAUGAAAAAUGGUUUUGAUGAACGUCUUGAUAGCCUACGUGCUGAUGUUAUUGUUGUUAUUGAUGAUGUUGAAUCAUUGGAAAAAGAAUUUUCAGAACGAUUCAAUAUGCCUGUUCGAUAUAAUUUAACAAAUACACGUGGUUUUUCAUUGGAAAUUAUCGGUGAAUUUAAAGGUGUUUUACCAGCAAAUGUUAUUUCAGUAGCUAAACGACAAAAAUCAACAUUCAUAACAACACUUCAAUUAGCACAUUUAUCAGAUCGAUUUGAACUUUUAUACAAUGAUAUAUGUCUCCUAACAGAUCAAAUUAUUUUAAUUCUUCUUUCAAAAAUUCGACCACAUUUUGGUUGUAUGUACAAAUUAGUCGAAGCUAUAUCUAUUAUUGAUAUGAUUCAAUCAUUUGCUGAAGUAUCUAAAGCACGUGAUUAUGUUCGACCAAUGUUUGGAAUAAAUACAAAAAUAAUUAAAGCACGUCAUCCAAUUAUUGAUCUAUUUGGUCAACAAAAACCAAUUGCAAAUGAUAUUGAAUUAUGUCCAGAGAUGAAUAUUAAUCUUAUUACGGGACCAAAUAUGAGUGGAAAAUCAACAUAUCUUCGACAAAUAGCUCUAUUACAAGUUUUAGCACAAAUUGGGUGUUUUGUACCAGCUGAACAAGCUCGAUUUCGAAUUGUUCAUGAAAUCUUUUCCAAAAUUCGUCAACAUGAUAAUCUAUUCACUGGACAAUCGACAUUUUCAUCUGAAAUCAAUCAUAUUGCAUUUAUACUUAAUUGUAUGACAUCGAAUUCAAUGAUUAUUCUUGACGAAAUAUGUUCAAGUACAUCAACAAAUGAAGGUCUUGCGUUAGCUACAAGUAUAACAGAAACAUUAUGUCGUUCACAAGCAUUUGUUAUUAUAUCCACACAUUUUCAACAAUUAACUUCUGUUGGUUAUGUAUAUCGAAAUGUUGCUAAUUAUCAUUUUGAUGUUAUUUAUAAUGAAAAAUUAACUAGUGAUGUAGAAAGUGAUUCAACAAAUCGUUUACGUCGUUUUCAUCCACAAACAGUACUUGAUCAACUGAAAGAACAAAAUACAAUUAUUUAUUCAUAUAUAUUACGACCUGGAAUUUGUAAAGAUUUACAUUAUGGUAUUGCAUUAGCGUCACAAAUUGAAGAUUUACAAACAGUUGUCGAAUUAGCUAAAUGUAUAGCGAAAUACUAUAUACGAAAGAAAGAGUCGAUCAUGAAUCAUAUGUCAACUAUACCAAAUUUAUUGAUGAAACGUGUGAUAAUAAUGAAAGGUUUCUGUGAUUUGAUUUAUGAUGUAUCAAAUAGUACAAUUCAAUUUAUUGAACAACAACGUGUUUAUCUUGAAAAUUUUCAGAAACGUAUGCAUCAAUACUGGUCGACAUCUUCAUCAACAACAUCAUCAUCAUGUGAUGAUUAUGAUGAUAUUCUAGUUGAAUCAACAUCAAUAAUUACAACGGAAAAUUGUUAA